CGCCAGCAGCAGUAGAACCGCUGUGGUCAACUAGUUAACUUCGCUCUUAUAAUUUUCAGUCAACGGAUUUUGCUUCUCUUCGCUCUUCCCUUCUCUCCUACUCAGCAGAGGCGUCACGACACCACUGAAGUCGAGAGGAGAGGGGCUUGGAUGAAAGACAAGUGGAUGAAAGACACGUGUACGAUUCGAGUCUCGAGAAGAACAGAUGGUGGGAAAAAUCCCUAAGGCUUGGCACCUGUCUUUCAGAUUCAGAAAGUUAAGAUUCAGCUAAUUUCUCUAACUAGGUAGCUAGCUACCUGUUGUGAUUGGGAAACACAUCGAGUGCCAAGCAGCCUUUUACUAGGAGGUGCAGCAAGGCUAUUGUGAAGAUUCGAUGCUCAGAUAGCCACGAGCCAUCGCUGCGCUCAGAGGAUGCUGAGUUUUUCUCUCCAGAGCCAGUCUGUGAUGGACAUACUGUAGCUCAGUAACACGUGGCGCUCCUCAGCACCAGCUAGAACCCAGCAGAGGUCCAACGUGGGGGACUGGUAUCCGGAAGACUGACCCUGGCCCCUGGGCCAUGACAGAUCCCAUCAUGGACUUCUUUGACGACCCCAACCUGUUUGUGGGAGGGCUGGACGGGUUGGCUGAGGAGGGCUUCCCCCCUGGACCCUCGCUGGUGGAUGAGCUCAACCUCAGCGCAGGCUUUGAGCCUCUACAGGUGGAGCCGAUGGGGGCAGGGAAACACCCCGGGAUGAUACCCACCUCCAUGCCGUCCUCCACCCAACAGAGCAUGGCUUAUGGGCAGCAGAUGGGGCAUUUUCCGGGCAUGAAGGCCCAGAACUCCAUGGGACAGCCCUUCGCUGGCUCUGAGGGUGUGGGUGGUGGAGGGAUGAUAGCAGCACAGCAUACCCAGUUCCAUGGACGCUCAAUUGGUCAGGCACCCCAAUCCAACGCGUUGUUUUCCAACAGCAGCCCCAUGUGGGGCAACCAGGAGCAGAACAGGAACCUCUACCACUCAGUGCCCCAGCAACAGCAACAACUACAUCAACAACAGCAGCAGCAACUCCACAACCAACAGCAUCACCUCCGACAGCAACAGCCACAGCAGCAGCAUCACCCUUGUCAACAACUUCAGCAACAACAAGUGCAGCAGUUACAGCAGCAACACCAGCUUCUGAACCAGCGGCAGCAGCAGCACCUUCAUCAACAGGUAGUGAACCCUCAGUCUCUGCCCCAGCAGCACCACAGCUUCCCCUUCCACCAGGCCAACCAACAGCCAGCAUCCCACAACCAGCAGCUUACCACCGGGGGGACCCAGUUCCACUCCAGGGCUGUGCCUAACUCAGGGGCUCUGGCCACAGCUAAUGUGGAAACCCCCAAUGCCUCGCUGGCUGGAACCCCACCACAGCAGGGUGGCUACCAGCUGGUGCAGGGGGCCUUUCCUGGGGUAGGGCCAGAGGACUCUAGCAUGUCCUUCUCCAUGCAGACGUGCUCCCCCAUGGCUCACACCCUGUCUUCCUGCUCAGUGAGCUCCACCACUACCUACCCUCCCUCCCAGUACUCCUUCCCUGGCCAGGGACAGCCUGGCAUCUCCAGCCUGAGCCAGCCUCUCUCUUUAGCCCCAGUGUCCAUGAUCCCCACCACCACUCCCCUGCCCUCCUCAGUGCCUGAACUCUCUCUCGUGGGAGCUGGAUGUGCGUUUUCGUCUGCUCCAGGGAUGACUCAGCAUCACCAGCCCAAACAGGUCCCAGUCAGCCAGGCUGAGGACGAAUGUCCCUUCCGGGCUCUGCGCUGCUCCAGGCAGACCUUAGGGAACUACGACUCUUCUGAGAUGUUUGGCCAGGCCAUGAGCUGCUAUCCCAGUGCAGUCAGCCAGCUCGUUCCAGACCAGCACCAGCCCCAGAACUGUGGAUCUAACUUGGAAGUUACCAGACCUCCGGCUAGCACCACUACCACUAACGGCUACGUGUCUCUAGAGGUUAGCCUGGCAGGGCUGCAAGGGGAGGUGGAGGCCCAAGGAGGGGUCUUUGAGGGCUUGGAGGCUCCGGACCUGCUGGCUGAUGAGCUGCUGCCUCAGCUGGAAGCUGCCCUGAGUCAGCACGACCACCACGACUCCAAUUGUUCCUGGACCAAUGGUGGGGAUGGAGAAAGGAAUGGAAAGGGAGAGGAAGAAGAAGAGAUGAAGAAGGAAGAAAGGAUCUCCAUACCCAUGGACUACAAGAUACAGCCUCCCAAGAACAAGAAUGCUAAUGGUCCCAACAGCCACACAGCAGCGCGGGUCCUCAGCCCCCCGAUGAAGAGCAGCUCAUCCUCCUCGUCUUCGUCCUCCUACAGCUCGUCGUUGGAGAAGCGGGCCCAGCGGAGGCUGGUGAAGGAGCAGAGGGAGCAGCAGCAACUGAUGGAGGAGGCUGGGGAGGACAAGCAGCUGAAGGCUAACAGGAUCAUCCAUGAGGCCAUUGCUAAGGCCCGGGAGAGAGGAGAGAAGAACAUCCCCAGGGUUAUGAGUCCAGAGAGCUUCCCCUCUGGGAGCUCCUCGGCCCACAGGAGAGAGAGGGACAGAGACAGAGACAGGGAGAGGGACCGAGGCAACAAGACCAGGACCAAGGCCUCCAAGAAGGCCCGCAUUGUGUCCUCGUCCAAGCCCAAACAGAAGGCCAAGAUCGGGAAAAUCGUCAUUAAAUUUGGAGGGAUGAAGAAGAAGAGGGAGACAGAGUCUUCAGAGGAGGGGUCUGAUGAAGAACGUCCGCCUCGAAGAUCCUUUAAAGACGAUGACUCGACACGUCGGUCGAACCGCCAGGUGAAGAGGAAGAAGUAUGCAGAGGAGGGAGAGGCCAGGGUGUCUGAUGAGGAGGUGAAGGUCAUGGUUAAAACCAAAAAGACCAGCACUGCUGCAGCACGCAAAGAGCCAGCACAGCAGCUGUUUGUGGAAAACCCCAGUGAGGAGGAUGCUGCGGUUGUUGACAAGAUCAUGUCAUCUCGAAUAGUCAAGAACGAGGUCGCUCCAGGAGUUAUCGUAGAAGUGGAGGAGUUCUUUGUAAAAUACAAAAACUACUCCUACCUCCACUGUGAGUGGGCCGUAGAGCAGCAGCUGGAAAAAGACAAGAGGAUUCAGCAGAAGAUCAAACGUUUCAAGAUUAAACAGGCACAGAGAGCCCACUUCUUUGCAGAUAUGGAGGAGGAUCCCUUUAACCCUGACUAUGUGGAGGUAGACAGAGUACUGGAGGUGUCCUAUUGUGAAGACAAGGACACAGGAGAGCAGGUGGUGUACUACCUGGUGAAGUGGUGCUCUCUGCCCUAUGAAGACAGUACAUGGGAACUGAAGGGGGAUGUGGACCAGAGUAAAAUAGAGGAGUUUGAGCUGCUGCAGGCAGCAAGGCCAGACUCCCGCAGGAUGGAGCGUCCCCCAGCCAGCCUGUGGAAGAAGAGGGAUCAGUCGAGGGAGUACAGGAACAGUAACGUCCUCAGGGACUACCAGCUGGAGGGAGUCAACUGGCUCCUCUUCAACUGGUACAACAGACGGAACUGUAUCCUGGCAGAUGAGAUGGGUCUGGGGAAGACUAUCCAGUCCAUCACGUUUCUGGAGGAGAUCUGGCGUGUUGGCAUCAGGGGCCCCUUUCUCAUCAUCGCCCCCCUCUCCACCAUCGCCAACUGGGAGAGGGAGUUCAGAACGUGGACCCACCUCAACGUCAUUGUCUACCACGGCUCCAUGGUCAGCAGGCAGAUGCUGCAGCAGUACGAGAUGUACUCCAGAGACACACAGGGUCGUGUGGUGCGGGGAGCCUACAAGUUCCACGCCCUCAUCACCACCUUUGAGAUGAUCCUGGGCGGCUGUCCAGAGCUCAACGCCAUCGAGUGGCGCUGCGUCAUCAUCGACGAGGCCCAUCGCCUCAAGAACAAGAACUGCAAGCUGCUAGAGGGCUUCAAGCUCAUGAAUCUGGAACACAAAGCUCUCCUGACAGGGACCCCCCUCCAGAACACAGUAGAGGAGCUGUUCAGUCUGCUGCACUUCCUGGAGCCUCAAAGCUUCCCCUCAGAGAAUACCUUCAUGCUGGAGUUUGGAGACCUCAAGACUGAGGAGCAGGUCCAGAAGUUGCAGGCCAUCCUGAAGCCCAUGAUGCUGCGUCGUCUCAAGGAGGACGUGGAGAAGAAGCUGGCUCCUAAGGAGGAAACCAUCAUUGAGGUUGAGCUGACCAACAUCCAGAAGAAGUACUACAGAGCCAUCCUAGAGAAGAACUUCUCCUUCCUGUCUAAAGGAGUCGGCCAGGCCAACGUCCCCAACCUGGUCAACACCAUGAUGGAGCUGAGGAAGUGUUGCAACCACCCCUACCUCAUCAAAGGUGCUGAGGAGAAGAUCUUGGAGGACUUCCGAGAGGUGUACAGCCCUGUUGCCUUUGAUUUCCACCUGCAGGCCAUGGUGCAGUCGGCUGGUAAACUGGUCCUCAUAGACAAGCUGCUGCCCAAGAUGAAGGCCGGGGGACACAAGGUCCUCAUCUUCUCUCAAAUGGUCCGCUGUCUGGAUAUCCUGGAGGACUACCUCAUCCAGAGAAGGUACCUGUAUGAGCGUAUCGAUGGCAGAGUGAGAGGUAACCUGCGUCAGGCAGCUAUAGACCGUUUCAGCAAACCAGACUCGGACCGCUUUGUGUUCCUGCUGUGUACCCGGGCUGGAGGUCUGGGCAUCAACUUGACUGCUGCUGACACCUGUAUUAUCUUUGACUCAGACUGGAACCCACAGAACGACCUGCAGGCCCAGGCUCGCUGCCAUAGGAUUGGUCAGAACAAGGCGGUGAAGGUGUACCGUCUGAUCACCAGGAACUCUUACGAGCGGGAGAUGUUUGACCGGGCCAGCCUCAAACUGGGCCUGGACAAGGCUGUGCUGCAGAGCAUGAGUGGCAGAGAGAACAGCGUGCCGGGAGGAGGGCCAACCCAGCAGCAGCUGUCUAAAAAGGAGAUCGAGGACCUGCUGAGGAAAGGGGCUUAUGGAGCUCUGAUGGACGAUGAGGAUGAGGGGGCCAAGUUCUGUGAGGAGGACAUCGACCAGAUCCUUCAACGCAGGACCAAGACCAUCACCAUCGAGUCUGAGGGACGGGGAUCUACCUUUGCCAAGGCCAGUUUUGUGGCAUCCGGAAACCGCACAGACAUUUCUCUGGACGACCCCAACUUCUGGGACAAGUGGGCCAAGAAGGCUGAGAUUGACAUGGACACUGCCAAUGGCAGAAACAGCCUGGUAAUUGACACUCCGAGGGUGAGGAAGCAGACCCGACCCUUCAGUGCCACUAAGGACGAGCUGGCAGAGCUGUCAGAGGGCGAGAGUGACAACGAGGACAAGCCCAAGCUCCGCCGGCCCCACGACCGCCUCAAUAGCUACGGCAGGACAGAGUGCUUCAGAGUGGAGAAGAACCUACUAGUAUACGGGUGGGGUCGUUGGAAGGAUAUCCUGCUCCAUGGUCGUUUUAAGAAGCAGCUGACAGAGCGUGAUGUAGAGUCUAUCUGCAGAGCCCUUCUGGCCUACUGUCUGGUUCACUACCGCGGUGACGACAAGAUCAAGAGCUUCAUGUGGGACCUGAUCGCCCCCUCCGAGGACGGACAGACCAAGGAACUACAGAACCACCUGGGUCUGUCGACCCCAGUCCCCAGAGGCAGGAAAGGGAAGAAGAUGAAGACUCAAUCCAGCACAUUUGACAUCCAGAAGGCUGAGUGGAUCAGAAAGCACAACCCAGAACACAUGCUACAGGACGAGGGAUACAAGAAGCACCUCAAACACCACUGCAACAAGGUGUUGCUGCGGGUUAGAAUGCUCUACUACCUGAAACAAGAGGUGAUGGGAAGCCAGUCACAGAAGAUACUGGACGGCGUGGACUCCAGUGAGAUCAAGAUCUGGGUUCCUGAGCCCGACAGCUCUGAGCUACCAGCCCUGUGGUGGGACAACAUCUCUGACAAGUGUCUGCUGUUGGGGGUCUACAAGCACGGUUAUGAGAAGUAUAACACAGUGCGUGCAGACCCUGCCCUCUGCUUCCUAGAGCGGGUGGGCCGGCCAGACGAGAAGGCCAUCGCUGCUGAACAGAGAGCCAAUGACUUCAUGGAUGGGGACGUGGAUGACCCAGAAUACAAGCCUGCCCCAGCCUUGCUGAAGGACGAUAUGGAGGAUGACGCCUCCUCUCCUGGAGACCUGGUUGUCACAGACAACCCUGGAGAGGGUGCUCCAGUGAUGAUGGAAGGGUUAGGUGGAGGAGGAGGAGAUGCAGCCUACUGGCCCUCUUCCUCAGUGCUAACAGCCAGACUGAGACGCCUGAUCACAGCCUCUCAGCGCUACACCAAGUCCAGACAGAUCCUCCACAUCCACCAGACCCAGCACACCACCCAGGUCACGCCCUCACUGUGUCCCCUGCCACCCACCCUCAACGACACUAUCAACCCCAAGAUGGCCGCCAAGAUAGAACGCCAGCAGAGAUGGACGAGGCGAGAGGAAGCUGAUUUUUACCGUGUGGUGUCUACCUUUGGUGUGGUGUUUGACCCAGACCUGGGCCGUUUCGACUGGACCAAGUUCAGAGCCAUGGCUCGGCUGCACAAGAAGACAGACGAGAGUCUGCAGAAGUACCUGUGGGCCUUCACUGCCAUGUGCAGGAGAGUGUGUCGCCUGCCACCAAGAGAAGGAGACACAGCGGUGGACCCCUCUCUGUCCAUUCAGCCCAUCACAGAGGAGCGUGCAUCUCGUACCCUCUACAGAGUAGAGCUGCUACGCCAGGUCAGGGAACAGGUCCUGCGCCACCCCUUGCUCUAUGAGCGCCUGCCCCUGUGCCAGCUGGGCUCGGACCUGCCCGUGUGGUGGGAGACCGGUACCCAUGACCGAGACCUCCUAAUCGGGGCUACCAAGCACGGCGUCAGCCGCACAGACUACCACAUCCUCCGAGACCCAGAGCUCUGCUUCAUGGCUGCCCAGCGCAACUACAGCCAGAAUAAAGGAGUCCAACUGCCAUCCCAGACCCCUACUCCGCUCCUGAACCCCCAGUACCAGGCUAGUAGAGACCCAGCCUUGUCCGAGUCCCCAGUGCCAACCCCAGCCCAGAGGGAGAGGGAGGACAUUCCGGGGGCAGUGCCCAAAGAAGAACCUCUCUCGGAGGGGGAGGAGCGCAUGGAGAGAGGGGGUCAGGUGGAGGGGUGGAGUCCCCAGCCUGCCCCUCUCACCCCUACAGGGAUAGAGGAGAAGCCUGACCUGGGGGUGGUGAAAGGAGAGAACGAGAGCCACAUGGUGGCGGCACGGACCAAGCCACUCACACCCAACUCAGCCGCCAGGAAAGAGAAGAAAGCCAAUAAAAGAAGUCGAAGAGAGGCCAGACGAGCCGCCUCCGCAGCAUCAGACUCCGACUCGGACGGCUCCUCCUCCAGCUCUUCAUCACGAUCUUCUUCAUCAUCGUCAUCGUCGUCCUCUUCCUCCUCACGCUCCGGAUCCAGCUCCUCUUCGUCUUCAUCCUGCUCAUCAGGCUCCUCAUCUUCCUCUUCCUCAUCCUCAUCUUCCUCUGUUGGCAGUGAGAGUGAGGGAGAGGAAGGAAAGAUCAAGGUCCCGACAGUGGCCAUCGUGAAGGGAUUUGACGAAGACAGUGUGGCGUCUCUCAGCACCACUCAGGAUGAGAUGCAGGACAGUCACGUGACAGAGAACGGCAGCAACAACUCACACCACCACCCCUUCCAGGGAGGAUACAUGCUGGCUGCAUCCUACUGGCCCAAGGACCGUGUGAUGAUCAACCGUCUGGACAGUAUCUGCCAAGCAGUGCUGAAGGGGAAGUGGCCGGGGGCCCGGCGGUCGUACGAGGCAGGAGGGGCCGUAGCCUCCUUCUACACCACCAAGCUGCUGGACAAUGCAGCUGCGGCCAACAACAGCAGCAACCUCUGCUCAGCUUCCGCCUCAGCCUCAGAGGACCCCUCUGCCUCCCCUCAGGGUUCAAAGGUGAAGAAGCAUGUUGCAGGAGAAAAGGAGUUCUCAGUGAAAAUGAAUGAACAGGAGGGGGGUCUGAAGCUGACCUUCCAGAAGCAGGGGCCCGGCCAGCCCCUGAAGAGACCCCUGGAGCCUGAGGAGGGGCCCCUGAGCCAGCAGCAGUACCUUACAAGGCUCCAUGAGCUACAGAGUGCCUCAGACACCAGUCUGGCUGACUUCACCAAGCCCCAGGCUGCCAGCUUCCCACAGGCAUCUACAGGUCUGGCAGGUCAGAUGAAGCUGAACGGCGGUAUGGAUGGCCAGCCGGUGGUGAAGAGGAGGAGAGGAAGAAGGAAGAAUGUGGAGGGGAUGGACCUGCUGUUUAUGAACAGGAAAAGAGGACCAGCCGUGCCUGAAAGCGUGUCCCCGGCGUGGGGUGGUAUGAGUCAGGCUGGCACUGGGCUGUCUAUUGCCUCAGGGCAGGGUAACCCCCUAGGGGCCCGGGGCCCUAUGGACACAGAGAGCAGGGUAUCUGUCAUCAACCUGAAAGAUGGGACCCGUCUGGCCGGAGACGAUGCCCCCAGGAGGAGGGAGCUGGAGCUGUGGCUCAAAGAACACCCAGGCUUUGUGGCUGACACAGGGGCCUUCAUCCCUGGAGUGAAUAAGAGGCAGCUGGAGCAGUUCCAGCAGGAUGGUAGACCCAAGCAGAAGAGGCAUCGCUGCAGGAACCCCAACAAGAUCGAUGUCAACAGUCUGACAGGAGAGGAGAGGGUCCAGAUCAUCAACAGGAGAAAUGCACGCAAGGUUGGUGGGGCCUUCGCCCCCCCUCUAAAGGACCUGUGUCGGUUCCUUCAGGAGAACCCAGAGUACGGGGUUCCACCAGAGUGGGCCGACGUCGUCAAGCAGUCGGGCUACCUCCCAGAGAGCAUGUUUGACCGGAUCCUGACAGGACCCAUCGUACCAGAGGAGGUGAGUCGGCGUGGACGGAGGCCCAAGAGCGCCCUGGCCAAGGCUGCAGCUACAGCCAACCAGGGGGCCCCAUCCAUGGGCCUCAACCCCCUGCUGGCCAACGGCCUCCUCUCUGGCAUGGAUCUAUCUAGUCUACAGGCCUUCCAGCAGAACCUCCAAAGUCUCCAGUCACUGCAGCUCACUGCCGGCCUCAUGGGCCUGCCCACGGAUGCUAACAACCUGGCCGCCAUGUUUCCCAUGAUGCUCUCUGGCAUGGCUGGGCUUCCCAACCUCCUGAGCAUGGGGGAUCUGCUGGGGAAGCCCCCACAGGACGCAACGGGGGGAGCUGAGCAGAGGAAGAGGAAGAAGGGAAGCAGAGAAGGAGGAGUAGGGGAGCCCUCGUCUGCCUCCUCCGAAGCCCCCUCCUCCUCCCACGGCCCCUCCCACACCUCGGACACCAAAGGUGAAAGGACAGAAAGUCAAAGCAGGGACGGAGAUGGCCGCAUCCCCAGUGUCCAUUCCCCCUCCAGUUCCUCUGCCACCACCUCCACCACCACCCCACUAAGUGCUUCUGCUGCCCAGGCAGCCUCCAGUCACCCUCUGUCUCUUAACCCCUUGUUACUCUCCAGUAUGCUUUACCCAGGGAUGCUUCUCACUCCAGGCCUUAACCUUCCUGUGUCCACCACACAGCCACCACACAGUGACUCAAACAGUGACCACAAACCCCACAAGCCCACUAAGACCGCCCCCUCAAAACCUCUGUCGCCAAGGAGAACACCAGAGUGUCAGGAAGAGGAGGGUCUUGGUGACAAGAGGGAGGAGUCAGGGGAACACAAGGAGGAGAACAGUGGUCCAGAAGGCUCGGGGAAGGCGGAGUCAUCUUCUUCAUCAGAGUCUGGGAGCUCUUCUUCAUCAUCUGAUGGGUCAUCAGACUCCAGCGAUGAAGACUGAGCCUAAUGAAAAUAUAAAUCUAUUUAUGGAUCUAUUAGAAAUGUACGCACAUACAGUACCAGUCAAAAGUUUGGACACACCUACUCAUUCAAGGGUUUUUCUUUAUUUUGACUAUUUUCUGCAUUGUAGAAUAAUAGUGAAGACAUCAAAACUAUGAAAUAACACAUAUGGAAUCAUGUCGUAAACAAACAAUUGUUCAACAUAUUAAAAUAUAUUUUAUAUUCUUCAAAGUAGCCACACUUUGCCUUGAUGACAGCUUUGCACACUCUUGGCAUUCUCUCAACCAGCUUCUCCUGGAAUGCUUUUCCAAUGGUCUUGAAGGAGUUCCCACAUAUGCUGAUCACUUGUUGGCUGCUCUUCCUUCACUCUGCGGUCCAACUCAUCCCAAACCAUAUCAAUUGGGUUGAGGUGGGUGAUUGUGGAAGCCAGGUCAUCUGAUGCAGCAUUCUGUGACUCUCCUUGGUCAAAUAGGCCUUACACAGCCAGGAGAUGUAUUUUGGGUAAUGGUCCUAAUAGGUCUACCAAAUGCAAACCAGAUGGGAUGGCGUAUCGCUGCAGAAUGCUGUGGUAGCCAUGCUGGUUAAGUGUACCUUGAAUUCUAUAUAAAUCACAAAUAGUGUCACCAUCAAAGCACCCCCAUACCAUCACACCUCCUCCUCCAUGCUUCACUGUGGGAACCACACAUGUAGAGAUUAUCCGUUCACCUACUCUGCGUCUCACAAAGACACGGCGCUUAGAACCAAAAAUCUUACAUUUGGACUCAUCAGACCAAAGGACAGAUUUCCACCGGUCUAAUGUCCAUUGCUCGUGUUUCUUGGCCCAAGCAAGUCUCUUCUUAUUAUUGGUGUCCUUUAGAAGUGUAUUUUCUUUUCAGCAAUUUGACCAUGAAGGACUGAUACAGUGUCCUCUGAACAGUUGAUGUUGAGAUGUCUGUUACUGGAACUCUUUCUGAGGCUGGUAACUCUAAUGAACUUAUCCUCUGCAUCAGAGUUAACUCUGCGUCUUCCAUUCCUGUGGGGGUCCUCAUGAGAGCUAGUUUCAUCAUAGCGCUUGAUGGUUUUUGCGACUGCACUUAAAGAAACUUUCAAAGUUCUUGAAAAUUUCUGGAUUGACUGACCUUCAUAUAUUUUGAUUUGUUUAACAAUUUUUUUGGUUACUACAUGAUUCCAUAUGUGUUAUUUCAUAGUUUUGAUGUCUUCACUAUUAUUCUGCAAUGUAGAAAAAAGUAAAAAAUAAAGAAAAACCCUGGAAUGAGAAGGUGUGUCCAAACUUUUGACUGGUACUGUAUAUAUUACACAUAUAUGGAUUUCUCUGCACUUACAUUGUGAUUUCUUUUCAUGUAAAUACAGAAAACGAACUAAAAUGUUGUGUAAUAAAGACUACAAAAGUGAGAAAAGAACCUAGGAGAAACUGAAAUGAACUUUCAGUGUUUGUUCAAAAAGGUACAAUCUUGUUUUGAGAGACAUUUUGCAUGUCAAACUUUAGUAGAUUUCUGAACUUUGUGAACUUGUAUUAGGCCUACACACAUGGAUGUACAAUUGCAACAAUAUGGGGAAAAGAAAUCAAAAUGGCAUUAUUGUAAUUAUCAUGUUGGGAUUUAAUUUUAUUAAAAAAGAGGAAAUAAAUAUGAGCUCUCUGCUGAGCUGUACUGUUAAUAUAUUUUGUAGUGGGAGGAAAAGACCUUGAAUAUUUAGCUUUCCUUUGUAAAUACUUUUACAGGUUUUCUUCUUGACACUUACAGUAUACUUUGCAGAUCAUACGUUUGGAAAAGUCAGCAAUAACUCGGGCAGCUAAUGAAUGUGACUGAUGCUGUAGAUCCUUCAUCAGCCAUGCUUCUCACACAAGGUGUUCAGUCUCUGUUCCAAUGUCCACACUAACACAGUUAUUCAAAUGAAGAAAUGUAUUGGACAUUCAUUCUAAGUAGUAUGCUAGUGUGCAUUUUGGAAUGUAUUUCUCCCCUGCCUGUCUCGCACAACCAACACACAUGGUUCUUUAGUUUCCCAUAUUACACUCGCUAGCACAUAACCAGUUGGGUCUACUCCCCAAAUGCUGCUCUCGCUGGGACAGAAAAGACACAAUUCCACCCCAGUGUUUUUGACUGCAUCGUUACCUCAGCAGAGUAUAGAAGGGAUUGAGUUCACUCAAAUACAUCCUGUUGUGUGUGUUUUGGCAAGACUGGCUCACUCGUCCCCGCUGGGAUCGGUGUUCUUCAUGUAAUACUCUUGAGAGCUUCCACUCACUUAGUCUCUUCCAGUGCCUUGAUUCUGCGAGACUACCACUCACUGUGUUCUGGCUGUGUGUGUUUGUUUGCGUGGGCAUUUCUUUCCAUUUUUGGCUGAGUCAGUGUGUUCUUCAGGCCAUGUACUGAUUGUGUCCCAUGCGUACAGCAUCAAUCGGGCCAUUGUGUAUGGUGGUGUGUAUUGGGGAGGCUAGAGCAUUGGGUUCUACAACCAAAAGUCAAGUCACAUAAACAGCUGGUAUAGUCGACAUAUACUCAACACCCCCUGAGUCAUCUUUAAUACUUUAAAAGCCCAUCAGUAUCUGUGUUCCACUCGUAGUGCCGCCUUCUGCUAUCGAGUGAGCUGAAGAAUCUCCAAUGAGCUCUGACUGUGGGUGAUGUCUGUAGUCUUCCAUUCUGAACACAGUGUGUCCCUGUUGUGUUGAAUUACCUUGCUAUCAUAAACUAGUAAUGAAGUAGCUACACCGUAUGUGUAUUGAGGGACCAGAGGGGUUUGUAUUGUCUCUGAUAUAACUAGAUUACUGAGUCAUCAAAAUGUAUUUUCAUAAUUGACUGUUUAAAAGCAUAGUUUAUACAAUGAUUGCAGUGAUUCUGAAUAGUAUUGGGUUGGCUAUGGUAGGUUAAGUUUAGGCUUGAGUAAGACUGAAUAUCCAGACCUUCCUUUAGAACUGAGCUGCUUUGCUGACUGAUCUCUCUGAUUCAUGGGAUUUGGAGGCUUUUAAGUGUUAAUUUCUAGCCUGGAAUCCAAACUGAUAUGCUGUUUCAUCACUAAACACAUUGUUCAGUCUGAUUUCACCAGGCUAGUUCAUUUCUCCAUAUGUCUUACUGAUCAAUCCACUGAUGACUGGAUCGGCAGACAGACUGAUAGAUGUAGAAGUGUCCUUACGCUCGCUGUACCUCUGUGUGUUUCACACCAUCACUUUCUCACUCAACUUCCAGUCAGUAUCUGAUGUGAUUUAACAGAUGUUUUAUGUUCCUUAUUUUCUACGGCUCAAUGGUGGUGUAUUUUUUCAUUACCAUAUGACAUGGCUCAUCUGUGCUCAUCCUCGUGGUAACCAAGGGAGACACUGAGACUGGAAUUCAGUAUACCCUAAGUACCUGUUGUAAUUAUGUUUAGUGCAACAGUGCUUUCCGGAUUGAUACAGCACCGUGUAGGAGAACUGUCCAUACACGUUGGACUGCUAGGCAGGCACACAUUUGGAAAUGAUCUUGAAGAUGAAUGAGACGUUUUAUUUUACAUGGUGACAAUGAAACGUCACAACAGGUUACAUCUGUGGUAGAGACAUUAAUUUAGUCUCUUUCAGCCUUCAUUUAGCUGUUGACUGAGCCUAUAUUGAACCCAUUCAUCAACGUAUACAAGCCCACCAGACAGACAGCCCUGCCCUGUUGUCUAAACCAAGACUGAUGAAGAACCUCCACUCACUGAAAUAACAUUUACUUUAAAGAUGUUUUGUUUUCCCCAUUCACCUAUGAUGUCCUUUACCAUGGUUUCUGUGUGUAAACUCAGAGACAGCCAGGUUGUUACUCUUCCUGAAAGUCAACCUAAAUAGAUUUAUCAUUGUCAGUUUGCCACUUUAGUUUGGGCUGGUUCCGACCACUAGGUCUCACAAGCCUAGUGAAUUCGAUAGAACCACCUUCAACUGUCAUUUUGUUCCACUUCAUACCGAGUCUAUCCCUAAAUCUACCAGUGCCCUUAGGCAGAAUCCCAGCCUUUGCUGCUUCCCGGUUAUAAUAUUCACCCAAAUAUGAUUGUUUUAGCAGGCUUUAUUUUCAGACCCAACAGGCAGACAACAGGCAUGGAUUCAUUCCUACUAGUGUGACAAGAAGCCUGCUUAAUUUGCUAUAGACAGACCCAUAGCUCUGUUUAAGUUGAAAUGUUAGUAUUGAGGGGAGAGCUGGAUUUGACUAAAGAUGGAACAAUAUAUUUGCUUUUAUUAUGUAUUUUGAUGAGAUUUUUCUGGUAGUUUGUUAUAGAUCUCCCUAUGUCACAUACAUCUACAGUGCUGAACUGACUGAUUAGAAGCAGUCAUAGACUCACCUCACUGGCACAAUGAAAUGACCAAUAUGCAACAGACAGAGACGAAUAAAGCACACACUACUACACGUUAAUUAGAAUUGUCAUUUUGGGAAAAGUAGUUGCUGAAAUUGACAUAGAUUAUUGACAUUGUAUUUUUGUUUCAAGCUUGAUAAUAUCCUAAAGUCAUCAAGUCUGUUCUUGUUUUUGUUUGGUUGUUUUUUGGACAGUUGCAAUAUUUGCAAGUUGUGGUCUGUGUAGUGGAAUAAUAUGUUGUGUAGUGGGGAGGACAAGUUGUGGUCUGUGUAGUGGAAUAAUAUGUUGUGUAGUGGGGAGGACAAGCAUCUUAAAAAGUCAUGUGUAAUUUAUUGGAUUACUUUCUAUGAAGUUAUAUAGAGGAAAUUGAAGUUUAAUUAUUUUUAUUAAACAUAUUCUGACUAUC